CAUGGAAAUUGAAUAACCAGAAGUUAAUAAAGAUGUGGCAAAAAUCUGGAAUUUAUUGCAGACGAUUUUUAUCAAAGAAAAACAAAUUACUAAAUAUAAAUAACAAAGUUAUUGUAAGAACAAAUUCUUCGUCCCCUAUAAAGUCUGAGCCAAUUUGGCCAAUAAAUUUAUCAUUUAUAAAUUAUGAAAAAAUUCCAUCAGAAGCUGAUAUUGUGAUAUGUGGUGGUGGUGUAAUGGGAGCCGCUGUGGCAUAUCAUCUUGCUUUGGCCGGUUGUGGGGAACAGACAGUUCUCAUCGAAAGCUGCAGAAUAGGCGAAGGUACGACAUGGCAUUCAUCGGGUCUUGUAGGUGCUUUCAAGCCCUCUAUGUCGCAAGUAAAAUUAGCCCAAGAUAGUAUAGCUUUAUAUAAGGAACUUGAAAAGAAGGGCCUGUUAACUGGAUGGAAACAAUGCGGCAGUCUGUCAUUAGCAAGGACGAGAGAUCGUAUGACAUUAUUCAGAAGAAUGAAAGCCCAAUCUGUAUGUCUUAAUACCGAAUGUCAUCUAGUCACACCAGAAGAAAUUAAAGAACUCUGUCCAUUGUUAAAAGUGGAUGAUCUUAAUGGUGGUCUUUGGAUCCCCGGCGAUGGUGUCGCGGAUCCUUAUCAAAUAUGUUUAACACUAAUGGGAGAGGCUAUUAAAAAAGGAGUAAGGGUGUAUCAAAAUUGUAAAUUAACAAAAGUCAUAAGCACAAAUAAUACAGUAGAAGGAGUUGAAACUACGAGGGGAAAGAUAAAGUGUAAAUAUUUUGUAAAUUGUACUGGAUUUUGGGCGCGCAACGUAGGAAAAUUAAGCGAACCUUAUGUUAAAGUUCCACUUCAUCCCGUGGAACAUUAUUAUCUUCACACACAGCAGAUUCCUAAUUUAGAUCCAAUGACUCCAGUAGUUAGAGAUUUAGAUGGGCAUAUAUAUUUCCGAGAGAAUGGAGGAUGUAUAUUGGCUGGAGGUUUUGAGCCAAUAAGUAAACCUGUUUUUGAAGACGGCGUCAUACCAGAAAAUCCAAAAGAUCGCAAUUUACCCCCUGAUUGGGAUCAGUUUCACAUUUUAUUUGAGCAAAUGCUUCACAGAAUACCGAAUCUUCAAAAUGCGACAUUGAAAAUGUUAUGCAAUGGUCCAGAAGCAUUUUCACCCGAUUGUAAAUGGAUAGUUGGCGAAUCGCCGGAAAUCAGGCAUUACUUUGUUGCAACUGGAAUGAAAACGGUAGGGAUAUCGGCGGCCGGUGGAGUUGGACGAACAACCGCCGAGCUGAUAACUAAGGGCUUAGCCUCCUUAGAUUAUUACGAAUUAGAUGUCAGUCGUUUCAUUGGACUUCAUAACAAUCGUAAAUUUUUACGCGAUCGCGUAAAGGAGGUGCCGGGAAGGCAUUAUGCUUUGCAAUAUCCAAAUCAUGAAUUUAAAACUGGCAGGAACUUGAGAAUGUCACCGAUUUAUCCGAAGUUAAGGAAAGCCGGAGCUGUAUUUGGACAAGUAAUGGGCUAUGAACGACCGAGUUGGUUUCAGCUUGACAACGAAGAUUUAGAUCCAGUAGAUGGAUGGCAGAAAUAUAAAAUUGCAUAUACCAAUACAUUUGGUAAGCCUCCGUGGUUUCCUUACGUUGCAAAGGAAUAUGCUGCUUGUCGAGAAACAAUAGGUCUGAGUGAUUAUUCGUCCUUUACGAAACUUGAUAUAUGGUCAAAUGGAUUGGAAGUGGUGGAUUAUUUGCAAUAUUUAUGCUCUAAUGACGUGGACGUACCCGUUGGAAGUAUCAUUCAUACGGGAAUGCAAAAUCAUCGGGGUGGUUAUGAGAACGACUGUAGCUUAGCUCGGAUGGCCCCCAACUACUUCAUGAUGAUAGCCCCAACUAUUCAACAAACUCGUUGCAAAUAUUGGUUAAAACGACAUUUGCCAGCUGACGGCUCCGUAGCUUUCUCCGAUGUCACUUCAGCGUACACCGCCAUAUGUAUUAUGGGUCCUGCAACCAGACAUUUGCUCUCUGAAUUAACGGAUACGGAUGUGCACCCAAAGAACUUUCCCUUCUUCACGUUCAAGGAGUUGGAUGUUGGCUUGGCUAAUGGAAUAAGAACUAUGAAUUUGACUCACACUGGAGAGCUUGGAUAUGUGCUUUACAUCCCCAACGAAUUUGCUCUUCACGUUUAUACGCGAUUAAUAGAAGCCGGUGAAAAAUAUCAAAUAAGGCAUGCUGGCUAUUAUGCCACACGUGCCUUGAGAGUUGAAAAAUUCUAUGCUUUUUGGGGACAAGAUUUGGAUACCUUUACAACCCCUUUGGAAUGCGGUCGAACAUGGAGGGUGAAAUUUGAAAAAGGAGUGGACUUUAUUGGCAAGGAAGCUCUUCUAAAGCAAAGAGAUCAAGGCGUAACCAGGCAAUACAUUCAACUCCUUUUGAACGAUCACGAUCCUGACAUCGACACGUGGUGUUGGGGUGGUGAGCCUAUAUACAGAAACGGAAAAUACUCUGGAAUGACAACUACAACCGGAUAUGGAUUUACUUUUAAAAAACAAGUGUGCUUAGGUUUCAUUCAAAAUUUAGACUCCAAGGGCGUCCCUCAACGCGUAACGAAUCAAUAUAUUCUCGCUGGAGAUUAUGAAGUGGACGUAGCCGGGAUAAGAUUCCAUGCAAAGUGUCACUUACACAGUCCAAAUCUGCCGACGAAAUUCCCGGAUAAAGAAAGAGACUCGUACCACGCAACUCGCGAUAAAUGAAAUAUCCAAUUGGAAAUUAGGCUUAUUUAAACCGUACGAGUUAUAACACUUUCUCC